AUGGCGGUCGAGGGGGGCCCGAAGGGGCCGCACGGCGCGCUCGAACACGCCGACACGCUCUUCCCGUGCGACUCCAUGGCGUUUAUGCCGCCGCAGGGCGAUCCGCUGCGGAUCCGGGUGGCUGACCGCCUCGCACCGGUCGUGUCGCACCCGGUGUGGCUCGCUUCCGUCGCCCUCACAGCAAGCGUCGCAUUCUUCGCCGAGGUCAUCCUGGAGAGCGCGGAGGGGGGCGUCCCGAGCACAGCCGCGACGUGGGCCGCGAGCGUCGUCCUCGCGGCCGUCCUGGCCGCCGACACCGCCCUCCAGCUCUACAUCGGCCUGUUGGGCACGCACCUCUACUGGCACCUCGCGGCGCCGGUGCCGGUCGCGAUCGACCUGCUCGCGCCCGUGGCGCUGCUGAUCUGGCCCGCGCUGCGCUCGCACGCGUACCCGGUCGCGCACGUCGACGACCCGGAGCAGUACGUUGACCUGACGGGUGACCUCGAGGCCAGCGCGGCGGCCAACCUCAUGCUGCACUUCCUCGUGCUCCCGCUGACGUUCCUCAAGGUCGUCGUGUCGGUCUGGCGGUACAUCGACGCGCCGACGAAGAUCGAGCGCGCCGAGGCCGGCGCGCGAGCGGAGCAUCCAAGCGCGUCGCGCGUGGGGCCCAACCUCUGGCUGAUGUACCUGACGUCGCUGGGCGUCGUGAGCGCCGUUGGGCUCACCGCCCUGAUCGCCUACCUCGUGGGCUCGGCGCACGCGACCUUCGCGUCGCUGGGCCCGUUCGUUCAGUCGCUGGACGACGCCACCGGGAUGACUCAGGGGCGGAGUGAGGCCCUGGUGAUCGCGCUAGGACAGCCCGUGCUGGCGCGGGACGCCGGCAGCAACGACCUCGUGCAGUUCGCCACGCACGUGUUCGUAGACAACGCCCUCACAAAGGCAUACGCUCCGUCGGACAACACGCCGGUCGCGCGGGCCAGCGCGACGGAGGCGGCGGCGAUCGUUCCGAGCACGGCGCCGGAGGACGGCUUCUGGAUCGUCUCGGCGAGCGGUCGCGUGAUGGUGCGUGUGGAGGGCUCGGAGGCGGCGGCGGGGGACCGCGCCGCGAUAGCCAAGGGCAAGGGCGUGCAGUUCGCGCUGCUGUCGCUGCUGGUCCUGACGAGCCUCUCGCUGGCGAGCGCGUGCAUGAUGCGGCCCGUCCAGAGUUUGCUGCACACGCUGUGCGUGGCGGCGUCGGUGCUGGACUCCCAGGGCGUGCUCGUGGGCGACGCGAAGCCCGCGCAGACGAGCCACGGCGCGGACGCGAGCUGGACCGUCGCGCGCGCGAUGCCGGUGGAGGCGGCGGUGUCGCGCAUCACACGGUUUAUCGACAUCAUGACAAAGGCGUAUAAAGGGGGCAGGAUGGUUCUGGACCGCCUGAUGGACCAGGCGAAGCAGGACGCGGGCAGGGAGGGCAACGAGGGGGGCGACCGCGAGGGCGGCGCGAUGUGGGCCGACGUGUUCGCGGACCGCAACGACGGCGCGGGCGACAGCGGGAGCCACGGCCGCGCCACGCGCCGCAAGUCGACCAUCAAGGGCGGCCGCGGCCGCAAGAGCCGCUCGUCGAUCGUCCCGGCGGACCCCGCGAAGAAGGCGUCGGUCAACUCGCGGGCCAGCGACCGGACAGAGCCGCUGCAGGACAGCCCUAGCGGCGCGGCGAAACCGAGCCCCGCGGCGCUGAUGCUGGGCGACAGCGAGCCGCUGCUGUCGUGGAACUGGUCCGCGCUGCUCGUCAACCGCGAGGAGCUGCGCGCGUGCGUGGCGUCGAUGUUUGAGAAGCUCGACCUCGUGACGGACGGCCCGCUGGCGGGGCGCGGGCGCGUGCCGCGCAGCAAGCUCUACUCGUUCCUCGCGGUCGCGGAGGCGAGCUACCGCGACAACAACCCGUACCACAACUGGAUGCACGCGUGCGACGUCACGCACUCGACGUUUAUGUUGCUGUACGAGGGCACGGAGCUCAGCACGGUGCUGUCGCGGUCGGAGCGGCUGGCGCUGAUGCUGGCCGCGGUCGGGCACGACCUGGACCACCGCGGGACGAACAACGCGUUCCUCGUGGCCACGCGGGACCCCCUCGCGAUCCGGUACAACGACGCGGCGGUGCAGGAGAGCAUGCACGCGGCGACGCUGUUCGAGCUGGUCACGUCGCACCCGGAGGCGAACCUGCUGCAGGGGAUGCCGGACCGCGAGUGGGCGCACGUGCGGCAGACGUGCGUGAGCGCGAUCCUGGGAACGGACAUGGCGAUCCACUUUGACCUGAUCGCGGGGCUGGAGACGAUGACGGAGGCGGCGCUGUGGGUGAGCGAGAACGCGGCGCCGCACGACGAGGACUCGCACGUCGUGACGUCGGCCCUGACGCCGCAGCAGAAGAAGCUGCUCAUCCAGAGCCUGCUCCACCUCGCGGACCUGUCGCACGUCCUCAAGACGGGGUCCACCAACAUCGAGUGGACGAAGCGCGUGAUGGACGAGUUCUUCGCGCAGGGCGAGAUGGAGAGCAGCCUCGGGAUCCCGUCCCUGCCGAUCAUGAACGCGAAGGAAACGUACGUGCCCGGCGGGCAGGUGGAGUUCCUGGAGAUCAUCAUCCGCCCGUUCGUGUCGGCGCUGGCGGAGCGGAUCCCGUCGCUGAAGCGCACGAUCACGCGCGCGCUGUACCGCACGUACCGGACCUGGGUCGCCAUGGUCGACCGGGACCGCUUCGACGCGAUCGCGACCAACGAGGGCCUUCUGUCCAGCAACUCGAUUCUGUCGUGUCCCGCGGGGGCGCUCGCGGCGACGAUCCUGCGCGCCCCGCCGAACGGGCAGUGCUGCCACUCGAUCGCCGGGCUCCCCGCGCGCCCGGCCGUGCGGUUCACCAAGCCGCGCGGGUCGGGCGGGGUGCGCACGCUGCGCGCGCCCUCGUCGCAGCGCGACUUCGACGCGGGGACGCUCGGGUCCGGCGCCGCGGGGUCGAUGGUCGAGGAGCUCGAGGACGCGCCGCACGCGGUCGAGCUCGGGGGAGUCGACAUCUUGCAGGUCCCGAAAUACCUGCGCAUGGACUGCCAGCAGCGGCUGGCGACGUUCCGGGAGCGGCUGGGGCUGGCGAAGCGGCCGACGGACUCCGGGCGCGGGCCGUCGCACGCGGGCAACCACCCGCACGGCCUGAUGUCGCUGCGCCCGCGGUAA